AUGUCCGAAUCUUCUCCACGUCUGGAAUUGAAUGAAGACAUACUACUCGAAGGAGAUAAUAGUUUACCGCCACCUAAUAUUCAUAAAGCAGCUGAUAAGUCGUCUGAUUUGGUAGAUACUGUAGAGCUUUUUAAGACAAUUUUAGACAGCAAGUUAGGUGAGUUGAAAUCUGAACUCAUACAAGAACAAGAUUGCCUUAAGAGAAAAAUUAAGGAGGACGUCACUCUAAAAUUUCAGGGGGAAGGAAACAGAAUUCAGUACACCUUUAACGAGGAAUUAUUAGACACUGUUAAUAAACUUUCAAAAUUCAUCCCUAACUCCAAUACUCAAGCCUAUAGAUUAGUUCUUGACAUAACUGAUAAGAUCAAAAGCCGUAAUAAGAAAAUACGCAUAGCUGAUGCUUCCCCUGCUGGUUGGGGAACCGUUAGGGAAUACGAAUCCAAUGCCGUGGCUUCAGAUUCUGAAGAUGAGAGAAAGAUACGACAAGCUGAGACCAGAGCUAUCCGUACCUCCAAGGAGAAGUCAAAAUCUCGCCAGCAACCUUACCCUAAAAAUCCGCCUCGUCAACAACCUGCGGAAUCUUAUGGUAACCCUGCUUACGCUCAGCAUUAUCAACGUAAUCAGCAACAGCCCUUUCGUGGGAGCUUCGCAAGGCGUGAGCCUUGCUCAAUCGACACGUGCCACUACUGCAAGCAACAAGGCCACUGGAGAAAAAACUGUCCUCUUCUCGCCAGUCUCAGGUCAUCCAACAGCAACUCCACAACCUACCAGAAGUAGUAAAGUAGGGCCUGAACGUCACUCUCCAGUCAUUGUGAAUGAUAAGUAUUUAGACACUAUUAAUGACCAAUUUUCUACAUGUUUUGUUGAUAACGAUUAUAUAGAAUCUUUUUUAGAUCAAGUUCAAUAUUUUGAAAAUUGUCAGUCAUAUGAUAAAUUUAAAGGGGUGAAAGGUAGAUUAGCUUGUCAUGUAAAGUAUUGGGAAAAUAUAGGUGCUUGUCCUUUUGUGCUUGAUACAAUAAAAAAUGGUUAUGUUAUUCCAUUUAUAGAUACACCUUUUAAAAUGUACCACAGAAAUAAUAGAUCAGCACGGCAGAAUACUGAAUUUGUCACAAAGUCAAUUGAAGAUUUAGUUCAAAUAGGUUGCGUAAUUAAAGUGCCUUUUCAACCAUAUGUGGUAAAUCCAUUGAGUGUUGCUACUCAAAAGUCCGGUAAGAAACGACUUAUUUUAGAUAUGAGUCAAUUGAAUAAACACAUAAAGCGCGAAAAAAUAAAAUUUGAGGAUUGGAAGUUAGCUAUACAAUAUUUUGACAAAGAUAUGUAUCUGUUUAAGUUUGAUUUAAAAUCUGGUUAUUUUCACUUAGACAUAUGCUCACAGCAACAGACUUUCUUAGGUUUUCAGUGGGAAGGUCAAUUUUAUUGCUAUACUGUUUUAGCUUUCGGAAUUACUACCGGUCCGUACAUUUUUACUAAAUGUUUGAGGCCACUAGUAAAAUUUUGGCGUGGAAACGGUAUAAAAGUUGUUUUGUAUUUAGAUGAUGGAUUUGGCAUGAGUCCAGAUGAAAAUACAUGUAAUGAGCAAUCGUCCUUCGUAAAAAGGUCUUUGAUUGAUGCUGGUUUCCUUAUUAACGAGGAGAAGUCUGUUUUUAAACCUGUUACCGAGUUAGAAUGGUUGGGAAUAGUUUGGAACUCGAAAGAAUACAAAUUAUCUAUUACUCAACGUCGAGUUGACGAUUUGAUUUUCUCAUUGAAUGUAAUUUUGGCUAAAUUUCCCUAUGUUACAGCUAGAUCUUUAGCUCAGGUUGUAGGUAGAAUUAUUUCUAUGACUCCCGUAAUCGGAAAUGUGGCUAGAAUUAUGUCAAAGUUCUGUUAC